GACCGCCUCCGUCAAGGUGGCAUGGUGGCCCAAGUUUCUUCCAUUGUCCACAUUCGUCACCAAACUUUGUAACUUAGACUUUAAUAUAUUGUGUGCUAAUAAGUUUAUUAUGCCUUUGGUUAUGUCUCUUUGGCUUUGAGUAACUAUCGCUGCUAUUUUUAAUAACUACCAUUCAUUAUCUACAAGGACCCACGAGUGAUAAAGAGUUACCUAGGUAUUCAAAUCGUCAAGUCUCUUUCAUACCGUCGACGACCAAGCAAGCGAAACUUCACGCUUGGCUGCUACCAAAUUUCUUGGGUCACUAGCAACCGUCCCUGUUAAUGUAAAUUUACCCCAAAUCUCUAUAUUAAGUCCACAACGCAAAUAUGAAGCGCUCACGCGAGCCUGAAGAAGACGAAUUAUCGUCGCCGGAACCUGAAGCUAGCUCGGACAAGAUUUCGAAUAGCGCAAGUCCACGAGAAGUUGAAAGACUUCCACCGACGAAAAUCACAGAGCUUGACGAAUCCGCCGUUGACGACGACAACAAUACCUUCGUAAUGAAGUGCUCUCUACCCCCGCACCGAGACGUGCUGUCGUUCAGGACGUAUACGGAAUAUGAAGCACACCACAGCAGGACGCAUAUGAAUCGAUGCGUAGAAUGCGGAAAGAACUUUCCAUCCGAGCACCUAUUGAAUGUUCAUAUCGAAGAAUGGCAUGAUGUCUUCGCCGCCGUGAAGAGGGAGAAAGGCGAGCAUACGUAUUCUUGUUUUGUCGAGGGUUGUGAUCGAAAGUGUAGAACUCCUCAGAAGAGACGGAGCCACCUCAUCGACAAGCACAUGUAUCCGAAGAAUUACUUCUUUGGGAUUACUAAGGACGGUGUCGAUGGAAGGCAGUCGCUACUAAUCGAAUAUGGGCAUCGUCGACGAAGGUCUUCUACGGCAACCAACGGUAGCGGACCAAAAACAACAGGCCGAAGGCAGAGUCUUCGGCAAACGGACACAGCGAAGCCGGAAACGCAAGAGCCGAAAACAGAAACAUCAAAAGUGACCUCUCCUCAGGCUGAAGUCCCAGAUAUGGAGAUGGAGGAUCUGGCUGGCGCUAUGUCCGCACUCCAGUUUGUCCCCACGAGCAUACGCUUUGGCCACAGGAAAGGAAUAGCGGGAUUCGCAAGACGAUGAUGUGACGAAAACAACGAUAAAUGAGGACACGAGAGCACGAAAUUAUGAGCAUGAGCAUGAACCCAACGACAUCAACAGUAGCAUUACAUACGAAUGAUAUUCUAGCCCGUGAUAAAUGAUGCUUUCUGAAUUGAGCC